GUUUGGGAUUGGGCGGAAGAAGUACAUUUUCCCCCGUGUUGUUAAAAUGCUAGCUGCAUGUUGUUGACGAGCAUGAGACUAGCAAUAGCAUGAUUUAGUUUGUAAAGAAACACUUUAACUUAUAUCGUGUUUGAUAUAUGAAGGAGUCGUUAUACGCUGUCCAGUAAAUUGGCUAAUAUCUCUGAACAGCUAGCUAGAAAAGCCUUUUGUCAACAUUAGUUCCUAUGCUAACGCUAGCUGCUGUGGUUCAUAUGCGAGUGUGUCACUGAGUGUGUCUGCUGUUGUCAGACUGGAGGAUGAAGGUAAAGAUCCGACAGUGGAACGCUGUGGCCUCUUGGUUGUGGGUAGCUAAUGAUGAAAACUGCGGGAUCUGCCGGAUGCCCUUCAAUGGCUGCUGCCCAGACUGUAAAGUGCCUGGGGAUGACUGCCCGCUGGUCUGGGGUCAGUGCUCGCACUGUUUCCACAUGCACUGCAUCUUGAAAUGGCUGAACUCGCAGCAGGUCCAGCAGCAGUGCCCCAUGUGCCGGCAGGAGUGGAAGUUCAAAGAAUGAACCCGAGGUGCCGGAGAGAGGGGAGAGAGGGACUCCCUCACAGAGGAGGACAUUUUUACAUCAGCUGUAAAUAACUACGUUUUUGUAGUCCUUCAUCUAACGUUAUGCAAAGGACACAUGGAACCUAUUGUGAUCUGUUGACAGAUUAAGUAUGUGAUUAAAUACAAAUACAAACCCUACAUGACAUGCCCUGUACCUGAUGCUGUGCAUGCUACAUGUGAGUGACAUGACUUUCAUUAGUGUGGUUGAUUUACCCAGAAGCGUCUGGCAUUGGUUUGGGAACAUGCCGUGACUUGCAUAAGUAUUUAACCCCCUUGAAAAUUAUUAGAUUUAUCUGGAUUAUAAAUAAUGCAUUGAGGUUUUGUUUUGUUUUUUUAUUUUAAAAGACUGACCCUCAAAAUGAUUUUUCUUAAAAUGUACUUUUCUUUUUGUAAGAAAAAUAAAUAACUAAAAGUACUACAACUUAUAAAACUAUACUAUAGUAUGUCCAAAAUAUCAAUAAAAAACAACAUAGUAUUUUAUGUUGAAAUAUAUUAAAAACAACAUAGUAAAGUAUUUCAAAAAAAUAUCAGAAAAACAACAUAGUGUAGUAUGUCGAAUUACAGUAAAAACCACAACCACCGUAUGUCGAUGAUAUAAAAAGAUUGUAUAGUUCGUCGAAAAUAUGAGAAAAAUAUACAUAGAAUACUGUGUCGAAAUUAUGAGGAAUAAUAGACAUAGUAUGUCAAAAACUAUCCCAAAAAACAUAGUAUUAUACAUCAAAAAAUAUCUAUAUCUAAUCUGAUAUAACUUUGUGUUUUUAUGAUAUUUUUAACAUAUUUUACUAUGUUCUUUCUAAUAUUUUUCAACAGACAACCAUUUCGAUUUUUGGGAUAUUUUGGACAUUUCUUUUCCCUCAUGUUUUCGACAAACACUACUAUGUUUUUAAUUCUUUUUUUUUCAAUGUACUAUUCUAUGUCGUAUUUUCCUUAAAUGUGGACAUACUAUCCCAUCUUGUUUUUUUUCUAUAUUUUCGACAUACUAUGUUGUUUUUUUUAUAAUAUAUUCGAUAUACUGUACCAUCUGUUUUUCUGAUAUUUUUGACAUACAAUACUUGUACAGUAUGUUGUUUUUUUCCGACAUCCUAAAACUAUGUUUUAUCUGAAACAUUUCGAAAUAUUAUAGAACGCCGUUUUUUUUUGCAUAAUUCAACACUGUUGUUUUUUUAUUGAAAAUGUAAGCAUACUAUACAAUA